CUGGGUCGUCCCGACAUGCCACAGAUCAAGAGUCUCAAUGUCAAGUGCGAGAAGAACCACAUGAAGGUUUUCCUCGAGUUCGACCGGCCAUUCCAUGGAAUGAUCUUCAGCAAAGGUCACUACAGCGACCCCAAAUGCGUGCACCUGCCCCCGAACACGGGACACAUCGCCGUCAACUUCGACAUCUUCCUGGGCAGCUGCGGCAUGUCGAGCAGCCAGCAGGGCGGCUACGACAACCUCGGCAGCGGCGUGUUCAUCGAAGACACCAUCAUCGUCCAGUACGACCCGCAGGUCCAAGAGAUCUGGGAUCAGGCACGCCGGCUACGUUGCACUUGGUACGACUUCUACGAGAAGGCGGUCACUUUUCGUCCCUUCAACGUCGACAUGCUGGACGCAGUGACUGCCAACUUUCUUGGAGACAACAUUCAGUGCUGGAUGCAGAUCCAGGUGGGUAAAGGACCCUGGGCCAGCGAGGUUGCCGGCAUUGUCAAAAUCGGCCAGACCAUGACCAUGGUUCUGGCCAUCAAGGACGACGAGAACAAGUUCGACAUGCUGGUGCGCAAUUGCAUCGCGCACGAUGGUAAGCACCAGCCCAUCGUGCUGGUCGACGAAUACGGAUGCGUAGCGCGCCCAAAGAUCAUGAGCCGCUUCCAGAAGAUCAAAAAUUUCGGUGCCUCGGCGUCGGUCGUGUCAUACGCCUACUUCCAGGCCUUCAAGUUCCCGGACUCGAUGAACGUGCACUUCCAGUGUGUCAUCCAGGUGUGCCGUUACGAGUGUCCCGAGCCCAAAUGCGACGGUGAUGCGGCACUGGGCGGUCACUACCUGCCGGCACCACGCGACCCAUCGUCGGCGUACUCGGAGCAGAAGGCGCACUUCGUCAAGCCGUCCGAGUCGCAGAAGCAGACCGUCUCCGUGACCAAGAAACAAGGCGCCGUCACUGUGUCGACGGACCCGCCCAAGGAGAACCCGCCGCCGGUCUUUUACAACCGACAGGGCGAGCAGCUGCCCAGCGACAACGACGUGGUGCAUUCGAACACGGGCUACGCGAUCGCGCACACAGGUGGCAUGCCGCGCUCGCACGACGCUCGCCGGCGCCGGCGAGAGGUUGGUGCCGACGCGACCGACAUCCAGACGCAGAAGGUCAUCCAGGUGGUGGCACCGGGUGACGUCGCCUUCAACCUGCCUACCGGAGAUAACGACACCCUCGUCGACGUGUACAGCAGCCGCUCCGCCUCGGCCGACGGAAACAUUUGCAUCUCGCUCCCUGGCUUUGCUGCGGGUCUCAUCGUGCUCUUGCUGCUGCUCAUUGUGUCUAUGUUGGUCGCCUCGUUCCUCUUCGUGCGUGUGCGCCACAUUGCGAACAGCAAAAACCACGAUCAGAUAAUCUCCUACGACAGCCCCGAGUUCGUCAAGGUGGCCAUCACACCACAGUGAAGACGUCAUGCUCCUCGCCAGAGCUACGGUUCCUGCGUGUUCCCCGGAUGCUGCUCCCUCCGCGCAAGCAUGAGCGUGGAAGACGCAGGCGCAGCGUGAACGACGACAGACCGUGGGGGAUCGUGAGGCCUGUGGCGUGAAUUGCGGUGUGGCAACUGCCUUAAACUGAGUAGGAAGAGCAAAGAACGAUGCGAUAGAGCUGACUGAUCUGCUGCGGCAGCAUCACUUGGCCAGUCGCAUUUAGACUAACAAGGUUGAACAUAGCGGCGAGGAAUAGUCCCUCUUCUUGCCAUUGCCUAACGUCACGUGAGCCGCAGGCAAGCAGAGCCAGCCAAAUAGUGCACGAAAGGAACGCAUAUGAGGUCGCGGGAGUUUUUUUUUCCCUCUGCGGCGUCAAAUGCCAUAUGGUCUGAAAUAUUAUUUGCUUCGGGCAUUCCUUUCGGAAGGUACUUCAUUGCAGGAUGACAAUCAUCAAUUCCUGUAUACAUUAAUGCCCUCAUCAUCGCUCUUUGUUGCAAGUAGAUGAUAAGAGUUCAGAAGGCUUCUUACCGAGGCUUUACUGGAUGUACGUAACAAAUUUUGAGGAACAAAUUUUUCAGAGCCUAGUUGCUGGCGCAAUCGCUAAAUGAGGAGAUGGGCCCUGAGACAGGAUAUGGCAAAGCCAUUCGUAGUUUUCUGCAAAGACAGUGUGCGAUUAGUACUGAAUUAGUGAGAACACCAUAAAGAAACAAUCGCUUUCUAGAGCCGAUAAAACAAAUGGCAACGGCAUGUAUCGUUGCCGAAUAUAUGCGUCGUUAGCGCUGUUUUGUGCUCAGGUAGGCAGGCAAAGCGUUCUGGCUGUUCUGGAAACAGCAUAGCUGCGCGAGGCAUGUUCAAGACGACGGCUUCAGUUUCGCUGCCGCCUGAUCUUCAUGCAUUCAGGAGAAUAUUAGUCAUCCAUUGACGCGCACGCGCCGACGUAUGUUUCCUCUCUCCUUUUUUUAUAUUCUUUUGUUGUAUAGACGUCUGCUAUGGCAUGCAGUGUGCAACGCGAUCGAUUCGCAGCCUUGCCUGUCCGCGCUUCUUUUUUGUAACAUAUUUAUUUCGUGUUGGCAAUACCACCGUGCUAUUUUGUUGUUGCAAGCGUACGCGUAUAUCCUGUUGUUGAAGUUGAUGGACACUAAUCGUCAGCAGUGUUGCACCGUGGGACCUGGACUCUUAGUUUUACGGCCUUCUUACUUGAAUGCAUUGUUCCUGAACGUGUGUGAGUGUCCUUGUUCAACGCUUUCUUUUCUUGUUUCUUGCUCGGAGUUUUAAGCCAGCGGUAUAUACUGCAACUUAUUAUUGUGUAUAAUACGGGGUUCUGUCUCCGCACUCUUAAGAUGCUGCCGUCCAGUGACUGGACGUUUAGGAGCACGGGUGCAUGCAGACGUAACAGCACAGUUCGCUUCCAUCUGGCUCCAGGUACGGGACCAGAGGUGGUGCUACUAUCGCAGCUUUCAACGACAGCACAUUCCACGGAACCACUGGAAGAGCCAAGUGGGCUUAGAAGCCGUGUCGUGCUGGCACCCUGCCAGGCAUUGAAGUUCAAGUGUGGUCUCCGCCGUACAUGUGUAACAUGGCGGCCGGUUGUUCUCAGUGAAACAAACACUUCACGUUGUCGGUUUUGUUUCGUCUCACGGGGCAUUGUUUCUAUCUCUCUCUUGAUGACGUUCUGCUAUAGAGAUGGAUUGAAUGCACUGUCCCAGUCACACUUGUUCAGAACGCUUUUGUUGCCCUGGGUUCGUAGAAGGUAUAGGCACUGCACUUGGUGUGGACGUUUGCGAUUAUUUUUUUAAACACUAUGCGAAGCCUUCUCUUCGCUGCUAACAGCUGCUGGAAAAGUCUCGUGUCCCUACCUACCUGCAGACAAGCAAGAAUUGCGUGUCUUUAACAAGUGUGAUAGGGACGACGGACGCAGAGUUUCUUUGCUAGGCGAGGAGGUGCGGGUACAGUAUUCGCGGAGCCCCUUUCCCGCUGUGUACCCAGUUGCAUCGCCUUAUGUACAGCUCUUCAUUGUCUUCUUCUUCUCUGCCUUCAACCUAUCUGCCCAUGUUGCACCAUGCAUUCAAACGCCCUGCAGUACGAUGUUUUUACUCUGCUGUACUACGGAGCAAAACUGGGCUUGGUGGGAAUGAUGUUUACGUUCUUUUAAAUUUUUUUCUUUAAACAGUCGUAUACAUGCACUUCAAAUGAAUUUGCAAGGUUUGUAACAUGCCUAGGUUGUCACAAUGUCCAGUCGCGCGCUGCUUUUUGCUACGAGCGUACAAAAACACAGUAGCGUCUUAGCGCCAUGAUAUGGUGACGAAUGACCUUAAUAAACAUCGAAACAAAUGACCGCUAUGGCCCUUUUGUUGUCUUUUGUGCUCCAA